AUGGAAUGGCACGAGGAGGAAGAGGCGCUGACCUCAGCCUCCAUUACGGAUGAGCAGCUGGCAGUGCUCGCGGGCACCACCGAUAUCGCCCGUGCCACCCACCUUCAGCUCACUGUUGACUCGGCGUGCGUACCACUGGGCACAGUCGGCGAACGAAUGCCGGAGCUGCAGCACCUCAAGCUCUCAGGCUCGGCGCUGCCGUCGAUCCGCGAGCUGGGAACGUCGCUCCGGCAGCUGCAGGCGGGCGGGGGCUGUCUCAAGGGGCUGUGA